AUGGGAAAUUCAGCCUCAUCAAACUCUCCAGUAUUUACAGGUCUUACAGGCCAAGAAAAAAGAAGUCUCAGACACCAGAGUCGUAGAGGCAAUUACCCAGAUCCAUAUCACUCAGAUCAAUACACCUUAAGAGAAUUUCUUCAUGAUUGGAAGCACUCAAGAAAUUACGUUCUCCACUUCAGCUACCCCUUGGUAGAAGGCGCAAUCUUUGGCACUCUCAUUGGAGCCUCAAUUAUUCAUCCUAUGACAACUCAUUCUCCUUACCUCUACCGUAAAGUGGCAAUGGCUUUUAGACCAUCUGAAUUUAUUCCUAGUGAGCUCGCAAAAAUCACCUUUAGGAACUUCACCCCGCAGUAUGGAAUUAUAGGAGGAGUUUUCGGAUUUUGGGUUUGCUUUACCUCAGAAUUAUUUGACCAUAUGUUUGAUGCAAAUAUUUUUACUAUCUCACAUAGGGCUUAUAAAAAAAAUUUUCAGUUGUGUAUUAAUAGGUAUUGCUUUGGUAAAAAACAGGUAAUAAAUUGCUCAUUUUAAGGAAAAAGGGUUAAGUUCGGAGUUUUAGGAGCAAUUGAUGGAGCAAUUCUAGGAAAAAUGACAGGGAGUAUGAUGGCUCCUUUCCGGUACUCACUUAUAGGAGCCACAGUUGGGCUACUUAUUGCAGGCGCGAGAUCUUAUUCAUUCAGUAGACUAAGAGGCGAUGUAGGAUAUUCAGUGGAGUACUUUCCUCACGUGACUGAAGAAGAGAAAAGAAGAUAUGAGCUGCAAGAAAUAAGAAUUAUGGGAGGCAAUCCAGAAUUGGUCCUUAAGAGAUAA